GCCCCGGGCCCGGACCGCGCUGCAGAACCGAAAGCGGCGGCCGGGAAAGGGAAAGUGAAAGCCGGGCGGCGCUUUCGCUUUCGCCGCCGCAGCGCGUUCCGGGGCCGCGGGGCCGGGCCGGGCCGGGCCGGGGCGCCGCGGGCGGCGGGCGCCGCGCCGAUGGCGGAGCCGGGCGCGCACAUGCGGCUCAAGGAGUGGCUCGUCGCGCAGAUCGACAGCGGCCGCUACCCGGGGCUGCGCUGGGAGAACCGCGAGAAGACGCUCUUCCGCAUCCCCUGGAAGCACGCUGCCAAGCAGGACUACCGCCAGCAGCAGGACGCCGCGCUCUUCAGGGCCUGGGCCGUCUACAAGGGCAAGUACCACGAGGGCACCGACAAGGCCGACCCGUCCACCUGGAAGACGCGGCUGCGCUGCGCCCUCAACAAGAGCACCGACUUCCAGGAGGUGCCCGAGCGCAGCCAGCUCGACAUCUCCGAGCCGUACAAGGUCUACCAGAUCGUCUCCGACGGCCCCCGCAACGCAGACAAGGACGGCAGCGCGGAGUCGGCAGCCUGCAAGGAGCCGCGGGGCAGCGCCGCGGGGAGCCUGGAGGAGGAGAGCCGGAGGGGCGCGAUGGAGACGGCGCUGCUGCCGCCCCCGGCCCCUGCCCACCCUGCCGACCGCGGAUACCACGUGCGGGGCGUUUUCUGCGGCUGGAACCCGGCCCCCGGCCCCCUGCUCCCGGCACCCCCGGCCUACGUCCCCGCCGAGGACAUCAACCACUCAGACUGCUGGCUCCACGUGCGCCUCUACUACUGCGACGUGCUGGUGAAGGAGCUGACGACGCGCACGGCCGAGGGCUGCCGCAUCGCCUCCCGCGCGGUGCCGGCCGACAGCGCCCGCCUCUACGGCCCCGCGUGCAUGGAGCAGAUCCAGUUCCCGGCGCCGCGGGCGCUGGGCGGCGGCGGCCGGCUGGCCGGCAUGGCCGACGUGCUGGAGCGGCUGCUGCCGCACCUGGAGCGCGGGGUGCUGCUCUGGGUCGCGCCCGAGGGCGUCUUCAUGAAGCGCCAGUGCCAGGGCCGCGUGUACUGGAACGGGCCGCUGGCGCCGCACCGGGCCUGGCCCAACAAGCUGGAGCGGGAGAAGACCUACAAGCUGCUGGACACGCAGCAGUUCCUGCAGCAGCUGCGGGGCUACCUGAGCCACGGGCAGCCCGCGCCGCAGUACCAGAUCAACCUGUGCUUCGGCGAGGAGUACCCCACCAGCGCCGGGCACCACUUCCAGAAGCUCAUCAUGGCCCACGUGGAGCCGGUGUUCGCGCGGGAGCUCUUCCACCACGCGCAGCGCCUGGGGCCGCAGCUGCUGCGUGAGGCCUCGCAGCCCUGCGCUCCCGGCACCUCCAACCACAUCGUCCAGGUGCUGAAGCAGCUCUGCCAGCCCUGAGCCCCAGAGCGGGCAGGAGAGGGAGCCGUGGCGGGACGCCGGCCCCCGGGAGCACCCCGGCCCCGCUGCGGCUUUCCCAGCACGGGGGCAGGACGCGGCGCAGACCCCGCGGCAGGGGCACGCUGCCAGGCCGUGCAUCCCGAGGGGCCGGGCCCUGCUCUGCCGUAUUUAUUCCCGGGAAGCUGUCGGAGAUGCCGCCCGGGCUGCGCUUUGCCGCGGGCUCUGCUGCUCCGUGCGCCGGGGCAGCUCCGCCGGGGCGCCGCGGGGACUCGCCGCUGGGGCACGUUAGAAAUAAAGGUGUUUUGGUA